AUGGAUUCGUUAAAAUUACCAACAACGGCAGCACAAGCGAAGGCUUUCACGGCACCCAAUUCAUUGAUAUUUCCGCUGGGUAUUGACGGAAACAAUAGUGACAGCAAUGGAAACUCAAUGAAUGCCCCAAAGAAAGAAGAGAAGGCUGAUGUCGUAGAACCCAAGAACGAAGAUGAUGGUGCUACAUCGGGUAUUGUUCCCACUCUUCAGAAUAUUGUUGCUACAGUAAACUUAGACUGUCGGUUGGAUUUAAAGACAAUCGCAUUACACGCUCGUAAUGCAGAGUAUAACCCUAAACGUUUCGCAGCUGUAAUUAUGAGAAUCAGAGAACCUAAAACGACUGCUUUGAUUUUCGCAUCAGGUAAAAUGGUUGUUACAGGGGCCAAGUCAGAAGACGACUCAAAAUUAGCAUCAAGAAAAUACGCACGUAUCAUUCAAAAAUUAGGUUUUAAUGCUAAAUUCACUGAUUUUAAAAUUCAAAACAUUGUGGGAUCUUGUGAUGUUAAAUUUCCAAUUCGUUUGGAGGGUCUAGCAUUUUCGCAUGGUACUUUCUCAUCUUAUGAGCCUGAAUUGUUUCCUGGUUUGAUUUAUAGAAUGGUGAAACCAAAGAUUGUUUUGUUAAUUUUUGUCUCCGGCAAGAUUGUUUUAACAGGGGCUAAACAAAGAGAAGAGAUUUACGCUGCAUUUGAGGCAAUUUAUCCUGUGUUAAGUGAAUUUCGAAAGUCAUAG